CUCCUGCCCCUCCUGCCCCCGGCCGGCUGCCAGUACGACGCCUGCCGCGCCCUGCGGGGCUCGGAGGCGGGGCCCGGCUGGGAGUUCUACGCCUGCCAGCCUCCUGCCGCCAACAUGAAGGAGGUGAUGCAGAUCAGGGUGGACCCGCCCGGGAUCACCUGCGGGAACCCGCCCGAGAGGUUCUGCACGCUGGAGAACCCGUACCUGUGCAGUGACGAGUGCGACGCGUCCAGCCCGGACCUGUCCCACCCCCCCCAGCUGAUGGGGGACCGGGAGAGGGGGGGCCUGGUGACCUACUGGCAGACCGUCACCUGGUCCCGGUUCCCCGAGCCGCUGCUGGCCAACGUCACGCUGUCCUGGAACAAGAGCCUGGAGGUGGUGGACGACCUGGUGGUGACCUUCGAGUACGGCCGGCCUACCAGCAUGGUGCUGGAGAAGUCCCUGGACAAAGGACUGUCCUGGCAGCCCUACCAGUACUACGCUGACGACUGUCUCGAGGUCUUUGGGAUGUCUCCUAAGCGGGUUUCUGAUUUGGCGCCGACCAACUUGACCCGGGUCAUCUGCACCGAGCAGUACUCCCGCUGGGUGGGGGCCAAGGAGCAGAGGGCGGUGGUGUUCGAGGUGCGCGCCCGCCUGGCCGUCCUCGCCGGGCCCAAGCUGAUCAACAUGGACGCCCUGUGGACCCGCAUGGAGACCAUGAAGGGACUGAGGGACUUCUUCACCUUCACCAACCUGCGGCUGCGCCUGCUGCGUCCCGCGCUGGGAGGGACGUACGUCCAGAGGGACAACCUGCUCAAGUACUUCUACGCCAUCUCCAACAUCGACGUGCCGGCCAGGUGUAAGUGUAACCUGCACGCAGCGCAGUGUGUGUUGCGCGACGCCACCCUGCAGUGUGACUGUGACCACAACACCAGUGGACAGGACUGCCAGCGCUGCAGCCCCGGGUUCCAAUCCCGCAGCUGGAAGCCGGGGUCGUACCUGCCCCUGCUCAAAGGCACUGCCAACACCUGUGAAGUUGAAGAAAGCACAACCAACUGCGAGUGUAACGGUCACUCCAACCGCUGCAGCUACAUCGACUUCAUCAACGUGAUCACCUGUGUGAGCUGCAAGCACAACACCCGCGGGCAGAACUGCCAGUACUGCCGCCUGGGCUACUACCGCAACGCCUCGGUGUCCCUGCAGGACGAGGACGCCUGUGUGGAGUGUGAGUGUGACGCAGAAGGCAGUGCGUCUCCUCACUGCUCGGAGGCGGGUCUCUGUCAGUGUAAGCAAGGAGCCACAGGGAGGCGCUGUGACUCCUGUCUGCCCGAAUACACCUGGAGAGGAGGCGUGGCCGGCUGUGCAGUGAAGCAGUGUGACGGCGAGCGGCUGCUCUGCCAGAACGGAGGGACCUGCGAGGACUUCCAGCGCUGCGUCUGUCCUGAAAGCUUCUCAGGUUCAUUCUGUGAGCAGAAGGUCUGCCUGAAGAAAACCGGUUGCCUUGACAACACAGAGGGUUCCGCCUCCGUGAUGACAUCACAGCUUUACCUGCUGACUCUCAGUUUCUCAAUCUCUCUGGCUGCCUGUUGACCC